CCGAGUGAGCGGAGCGUUUUUAACGGAGCUGUCUGGAGGAAACGUUUCUGAGCUCGUGAACAUGUCUAAAGCCCAAAUGCUGAGAGGUUUAGUCAACCAGCGACUCACUGCGGCUGCGCAGGAGAUCUGCGGGCUGUUUGAAGGAACGAUCGCAGAGUACGAGGAGGAACUGUGUAGUUUAAAAGAGGAGAACGAGCGGCACAGGAAGCUGCUGCACGCCGUGUUCAACCCGGAAGUCCGGUUGCAACGAGCAGACGUCCAGCAGCUGUUGGUGGUUAAAGAAGAGGUUCCUUCUGAGCAGCAGGUCUGGAGCUUCAGUCUGGACCAGGUGCAUCCAGAGCCCCCACUAGUUAAAGAGGACCAGGAGGACCCAGAGCCUCCCCACAUUAAAGAGGAACAGGAGGACCCAGAGCCCCCCCACAUUAAAGAGGAACAGGACGACCCAGAGCCCCCCCACAUUAAAGAGGAACAGGAGGAACUCUGGACCAGUCAGGAGGGAGAGCAGCUUCAAGGGCUGGAGGAGGCUGGUCUCAAGUUCUCAUUCACUCCUGUGAAGAGUGAAGCUGAAGAGGAAACUCAGUCCUCUCAGCUUCAUCAAAGACGAACUGAACCGAUGGAAAUAGAAGCUGAUGGAGAUGAUUGUGGAGGACCAGAACCAGCCAGGAACCCAGAUCCAGAUAGACCUCCAGAUCCUGAUGAGGAGACUGGAGACUCUUCUGAACCAGAUACUGAUGACUCUGUUGAUUGGAAAAAGACCAGAGAACCUCAAGCAGGUUUAAACUCUCUGAGUAAUGAUGACGUUUCUGUCAGUGAUUCAAAAUGUAGUUCUCGUGAAAAACCUUUCAGCUGCUCAAUCUGUAAAACAUCUUUUGCGCAUACCAGUAAUUUAAAAAGACACAUGUUAACUCACACAGGAGAGAAACCGUUCAGCUGCUCAGUCUGUAAAAGAUGUUUUCGAGAGAGAAGAACUCUAAAGACUCACAUGUUAACUCACACAGGAGAGAAACCGUUCACCUGCUCAGUCUGUAAAACAUCUUUUGCACAGAGAGGAACUUUAAAGAGUCACAUGUUAACUCACACAGGAGAGAAACCUUUCAGCUGCUCAGUCUGUAAAAGAUGUUUUACAGGCAGAGGAACUAAAGACACAUGUUAA